GCUUUGCAGUUGAACUACAUUACCCAUAUUUCCUCGCGCGCUCGGAGUUCCAUGCUGCCCUCCGCGCACUCCGUCCUGUAUCAGCGCUAAAUGCGGUCCUUGAAGACUUCGCAUGGCCUUAAAGCCUGAGAAGCGCGUCUCCGUCUCGGCCUCGGCUGCUUCCUUGCACAUCUGAGGUUCCGCCUUAUUAAAGCAGGACGAACAGGAGCGAGCGAAGAGGAUGAUGACGAUGAUACGCAUCCUGACCCCCGGGAUCCUGCGGCGUGCGGCAGUGAUGCGGGCCCUUGUGGGCGGUGCCGCCGUCCCCGAGCCUCCAGGAGUGCUGAGCUGCUGCACUCUCCAGCUGUUGCCUGUGAGGCAGCGAUGGCUCUGCACGUCUGCCUCCAGCAGAGCAGCGCAGGAACCCAAACCAACACCCCAGUCUGCCCCCACACCUGCCCCGCAGGACGUCCAGGGUAGAAGGGAAGCCGAGCCCCCUCCCAUAGACCUGGACCCUCUGCAGGACAAGUCCAUCGGGCUCUUCCAGAGGUUCAAGAAGACCUUCAAACAGUACGGGAAGGUGAUGAUCCCGGUGCACCUGCUGACCUCCUCCUUCUGGUUCGGAACCUUCUACUAUGCUGCUAUGAAAGGUGUGAAUGUAGUGCCCUUCCUGGAGAUGAUUGGUCUGCCCGAGUCGCUCGUUAGUCUUUUGAGGGAUUCCUCCAGCGGCUACGCGCUGACUGCCUACGCCAUGUACAAGAUUGCAACUCCAGCCAGAUACGCAGUGACUCUGGGAGGGACGUCCCUGUCUGUUCAGUAUCUUCGCAAACACGGCUACUUAUCCACACCGCCCCCUUAUUCAGAAUACCUGCAGGACAAAAUGGAAGAAACGCGAGAGAAACUGUCAGAAAAGAUGGAGGAAACGAAAGAACGCUUCUCUGAGAAAAUGGAAGAGACUAAAGACAAGCUGUCUGAGAAGCUCCAGGAAACCAAAGACAGAGUGUCAGAGAGGAAGGCGUUUUUCCGAAAGAAGGGUGAAUAGAGGGUCAGGCAGCGCUCGUUGGAGCACGCUGUCUGGAUCUCUGACGGUGGAUCAAGCAGAUUGACCCUAUUUUGUCCCUCUGUGGAGAGAGCAGAGAGCUGUUCUUGUCCGGCACACUUCACAUAUUGCCUGUUGUUUAUUUAAGUGUCAAAUUCAGUCCCACUAGUCAGAACCUACCCACAAUGCACUGUGGAGACAGCAGCUUGGCUAGCUGCCUGCUUUCACCCUGAGCUGGAGUUACACUGAACUGUAAGUCACUUGAUGAAGCAGGAGCUGCGGAUCCUCUCUGCUAACAGGAAACGAAACUUGAAGCUCAUCCUAGUCUUUCUAAUAAUCAUAACCUUCCCGAAGGUCUUUUAUAGUGUAAUUAUAGAGAAUUAAUAAUGUAUUUUUUUGAUGAUUGUCAGCGUUAAUGUUGCGUGUUUGUGUUGGCAACACUCUUGUUUGACUCAAAACCGUGUAUUAAAUUGGAUCUUUUGGAAUGGCUGCCCAAAGACCAAAACUCUCCACCAUAAAUGCAAAUAAAAACAUUUGAUUCCUGCAGAAAUGCUUGUGAAUGGUUUACAUUUAAAGGUCUGAUCAGCUUUAGCUGGUCAGGUGAGGCAGCAAUGAUUUAUGCUAUGUAGAAUUCAAAUAACUUUAAUGUAGGGGUGUCAAACACACGGCCCGUGGGCCAUGAAGAGAAAAAAAAUAUA